AUGGGGUCCGCACAAGACAUUGUUGGUAGCAAUGCUUCUACCAAUCAUGCCGCAAAGAAACAGACAUCGAUGGAACGACGGAUACAAAACCGAAAGGCCCAAAAGGCAUACCGCGAUAGAAAACGCCAAAGGCUACAGGAGUUGGAAAGCAAGGUGCAUGCCCUAGAAAGUGCAUCAUUUAUACAGCUAUCGACGCCACUGUCUAUUGGCAACCUCGACACCACACCAAGUCAGAACAUUGAUGCCUCUCUCGGCCUUCUUGGAGAUGCUCUAAACGGUGAUGCCCUGCAAGUCUUCUCCAGUCCGACACCUGGUUUCACCGAAGCCUCAAGUUGGAAUGAUGCCGACAUGUAG